UAGUGGGGGUUUUGAUAUUGAAUUUCACGCCCCAGUUAAAAUCCUGGAAGUUCCCGCUGGCGCGCCCUCUCGGUGAACCUCCGCACUUCUCCGGCCCCCCUUCAUCGCUUUGACCGUCCCACCACCGCCCGCAGGGGGGCUGAUCUGAAGUUGACAAACCGCUGGAUGAUAGUUUACGGACCGUCCCACGGUGAUAGGUCCUUCUGCCUGAAGCAGUGAUUUUCUUUGGAUGGACUCGCCGACUUUAAAUCAGUUUAACUCGCAUUUGCUGCUCUUUGGGAUAUUUAAGCGCUUGAUUUUUUAUUAUUAUUAUUAUUCUGGAUCCGUUUGUUACAUCCAGAAAGUUUGUUUCCUCUCUUCUUCUUGUUGAUGGGACGGUGAAACCAAGAUGGACACUACCGGCUGGUUGGACUCAAGAUAAGGAUUUCGCCCACUAAAUUGCGUCGCCAUGUCGGGAGUGGUCCGCACCCUGAGCCGCUGUCUGCUCCCGGCCGAGGCCAGCCGGGAGCCGGGCGGCAGCAAGGAGCGGAGCCCGCGGAGGGACGCGGCGCAGGAGCGGGAGGCGAGGCGCAGGAGCCGGGAGAUAGACGCCAUGCUCGCCCGGGAGAGGAGAGCCGUGCGGCGGCUGGUGAAGAUCCUCCUGCUCGGGGCCGGAGAGAGCGGAAAGUCCACAUUCCUGAAGCAGAUGCGCAUCAUUAACGGGCAAGAGUUUGAUCAGAAAGCGCUGCUGGACUUCCGGGACACUAUCUAUGAAAACAUACUGAAGGGCAUGCGUGUGCUGGUGGAUGCCCGGGACAAGCUGGGCAUCAGCUGGCAGGGCUGRGAGAACGAGAAGCAGGGCAUGCUGGUGAUGUCGUGGGAGGGACGGGUGGGCGCCUCCGGGGUGGAACCCGGUGAGUUUCAGCUGUACGUGAUGGCGCUGAGCGCGCUCUGGGCAGAUGCCGGCAUACAGGAGGCCUACGCCCGGCGCUCAGAGUUCCAGCUG